UUAGGCGGCCAGGGCAGGCACCGGGGAUGCUCCGCGCUGCCCCGCCCGCACACGCGUGCGCCGCGGCCGGCGAAGCGGCGGGCGGGCGGGCGGUGGCCUCCGCGAGGCGAGGCGGGGCGGGGCAGGCGGGCGGGGGCGCGCCGGCCGCAGGGUUCUCGGGCCCGCCCCCAGCGUGCACAGCUCCAGGACCUCCGGGCCCUGGGGCCCUUCUUCCCGCGUCGCGGCGUCGCCACCUUCCUGGGCCGCUUCGCCCCUCUCCUCCUCCUUUCGAGUUUCUGCCCGACCCGGCAAGGAGCGGGUCCCCGGUGUCUGCCGCCGGCCCCCACCCCGGCUCUGAGCUGGAGAAGGUUGGAGUUGAACGCUGGGGCCGACCGCGCGGCGAAGUUAGAAGAGCAAGAGGGGAUUGGUGGAGAACUAAGGAAUUGUGUUUGCGGGCACACGCUGAGAGAAGGAGGCCUUUAAAUUGAAUGCACCAAGAAGGAAGCUUUCCAAAGCCCGAAUUAAUUAUCUUCAGCAGCAUCUAGACAAUUGCUGUUUUGUGAGGAGUUUGCCAGUCAGACCCUUCGGCACAUCCAUUAGGGACCUUCAAAGCACGCCAAGUACUCAGCCUCUCAGCUGCAGAAAUCCCUUCACCCCUAAACUAAGCACAGCUAUUAGAGAAAGGCUUUGCGGAUUCAGGUGGGAGGCCUCAGCCAACCCGCUGGCUUCUGCAGCAUCGCCUAACAGCUGAAGCAUUGCCUACAGAAGCCCAGCACAAACAUUGAGCAUUCCAAGGGUGGAAUACUAGAAUAUGCAGCAACUAAUAAAUGUUCAUGGUUUCUUGUCCUAAAAGGAUCCAGGUAUAUCCAAGCAUAGCUGUGUUGAUUAAUCAUUUUUCCAGAAUUAUAUUAGCAAAACUAUCAAUCAGGCCGGAGUGCCUAUUAACUCCUCCCAGGUUCGAGGAUGCACAUUCUAUUCACAUAAAGAAGACGGUGCCCCAGGAGAAGUGCUUGAACUCUGGUUUUUCUAACACUUGGAUCAGUUAUCACCACUUUAGUAUACCUGAACAUUCAACCAGCACAAAUUUCUAGUUCAUCUUUUAAGUAUAUGUAUGUACAUGUAGCAUGCUUUAAUUUGUCAUCCAUUUUAAGAGGCACCAGUAUUUUAUGUAAAGCUAAGAAAGAAAAUGAUGCUGUCAAUUAAACUAGAAUAAGCCAUUGACUAUAAGUUGUGUGUUGAUCAGAGAUAAGUUGUAAAAAAUUGUGUAUCAGAAUUACGUGUGGGUGUGUUUGUAGGCACAAAGAGAAAGAUGUAGUUCAAAAAAAAACCCUCAUGUAAAUAGUUUGGAGCAGUUAUUUAAUAUUUUUAUUAUUUCUAAGAUUAAGGAA